AGGGAUCUGUAUGAACAUCAUUGUACUUCUCAGACUGGAAAGUUACUUUUCCUUGUUUCCAACAAAUUGUGCCAAAUGUUGGAAGCAAAUACGCCAAUGGUAAUACCGCCUGGAAUGAAUUUGCCUGCUGUCACUUAUCAGUUAUCUUGUCAAGCAGCCACGAUAAGCAGUCCAGACCUCUUGCUGGAUGCUUUGGAGCUUUGUAAAUAUACACAUAUUGCUUUGGAACUUUACAGACAAUGUCAUAUUGAAGAUUAUGGAUUUAUUACCAAAAAUACAAAUUCUGGAGGUGACCGAGAUCAUUACAAAGAGUGG